CCGCCCCGGGAGGGCCGCCUUAACGCGCUGCUCUCCUGCGCUUCCUCCUUCCUGCUGCUCCGUAGGAGCUGGGCACGAAGAUCGCCGUCAAGGCUUGCCGCCUGGAGCUGAGCCUGAAGCACAAGGACCGCUGGUGCCAGGAGCUCCAGAUCAUGAAGAAGCUGAAUCACCCUAAUGUAGUAAAAGCGCAGGACGUGCCGGAAGAGAUGAAUUUUCUCGUUAACGAUGUGCCACUUUUGGCCAUGGAGUAUUGCUCGAGAGGAGAUCUCAGGAAGCUGCUGAACACACCUGAAAAUUGCUGCGGUCUUAAGGAAAGCCAAAUACUUUCUCUGCUUAGUGACAUCGGGUCUGGUAUCCAGUAUUUACAUGAAAACAGAAUAAUUCACAGAGAUCUUAAACCAGAAAAUAUUGUUCUUCAGGAUGAAGCUGGGAAGAUCAUUUACAAGAUAAUAGACCUCGGAUAUGCCAAGGAUCUGGACCAGGGAAGCAUCUGCACCUCUUUUGUUGGGACCUUACAGUAUUUGGCCCCUGAACUCUUUGAUAAUAAGCCCUAUACAACGACUGUGGACUUUUGGAGCUUUGGGACUGUGAUCUUUGAGUGCAUUACCGGAUUUAGGCCCUUUUUGCAUAAUCAACAGCCUUUUACCUGGCAUGACAAAAUCAAGAGGAAAGACCCAAAAUGCAUUUUUGCAUGGGAAGAGAUGACUGGGGAAGUUAGAUUCAGCGCUUAUUUGCCAAAUCCAAACAGCUUGUGCAGUACAAUUGUAGAAAUAAUGGAGCAUUGGCUUCAGUUGAUGCUAACUUGGGAUCCACAGCAAAGAGGAGGUGGUAUAGAUCCAGACACGGGCAGUUACAGAUGUUUUCAAGUAAUGGAACAAUUGUUGGGUCUGAAGAUUGUUCACAUCUUAAAUAUGACUUCUGCCAAAAUCCUCUCUUAUUCAUUGCACCCAGAGGAAAGUCUUCAUUCCUUGCAAUCCCGAAUUGAAGCUGACACUGGAAUAAGCACAGGAAGCCAAGAGCUUCUCCUUGAGAUGGGAAGCUGCUUAGAUCCUCGGAAACCAGCCUCUCAGUGUGUCAUUGAUGGCGUAAAAGGCUGGGAUAGCUAUAUGGUGUAUUUAUUUGAUAAAAGCAAAACUGUAUAUGAAGGCCCUUUCGCUUCUAGGAGUCUUUCUGACUGUGUAAAUUAUAUUGUAAAAGACAGCAAAAUUCAGCUCCCCAUUUUUCAGCUUCGAAAGAUCUGGGCUGAAGCUGUGCACUACGUCAUUGGCCUGAAGGAAGACUAUAGCCGGCUGUUCCAGGGCCAGAGAGCUGCUAUGUUAAGUCUUCUUAGGUACAAUACCAAUUUAACCAAAAUGAAAAACAAUAUGAUAUCAGCAUCCCAGCAAUUGAAAGCAAAACUGAAAUUCUUUCAGCAAAGUAUCCACCUUGACUUGGAAAGAUACAGCGACCAAAUGACAUAUGGAAUCUCCUCAGAGAAGAUGUUAAAAGCUUGGAAAGACAUGGAAGAAAAGGCCUUGCAAUGUGAAGAGGUUGCGGAUAUCGGCUCCCUAGAUGAGCAGAUCAUGGCAUUGCACACUGAAAUUGUAGAACUGCAGAGAAGCCUCCACGUACGACGUCAAGGCGAUAUAAUGGAAAAUCUGGAACAGCGAGCUAUAGAACUCUACAAGCAGCUGAAAUCAAGGCCUCCAGAUCAUUCAUACAGUGACAGCACAGAGAUGGUGAAGAUAAUUGUCCAGACAGUCCAGAGUCAGGACUGGGUCCUCAAGGAACUCUUCAGGCAUCUUAGCAAAUUGUUGGGCUGUAAACAGAAGAUAAUUGACUUGCUUCCAAAGAUUGAAAUGGCUCUGAACAGCAUCAAGGAGGCUGACAAUUCAGUGAUGCAAAUGCAAGGGAAAAGGCAGAGAGAAAUCUGGCAUUUGCUGAAAAUUGCUUGCACUCAAAGUUCUGCUCGAUCUGCCAGUUCCAGUGUAGACGGUACUGUUCCAUCUUCCGUGCCUGCUUGGUUCUCCCAAACCGCGUCAGCAAAUGUGCUUCAGCCCCUUCCUUUUGUGGAAGCUUCUAGAAAUGCAUUGCCUUUUGCACACUUGCUAGAAGAAAAUCUAAGCUAUCUUGACAGUUUUAGCGCUGUUAUACAAGAGGCAAGACACGACCAGAGUAGCAGCAUGAUGAGUCUUGACUGGAGUUGGCUGAAUUAGAGCAUCCAGGUGUGGCACAUCCAUAUUUGCAAAAAUGGGCCUUUGACCUAAAGUACCAUGUUCCCUUUAUUUAAAGAAGGACCCAGACCGAAGUUCUUGCAUUUUUAUCCAGUUCUGCAGUUUGGGAAAAGUGCCUCUGCUUCUCACUCUAAAGCACCACAGAAUGCCUUCAGUCAGAGGAUACAGAGCGCACGCUGUAUGGCCCAAAAGGUCCUGUUGUAGUACAGCAUCAGAGGGUUGGAAGAGACCUUGGAGAUCUUCUGGUCUGACCCCCAAAAAUUUAUGGAAAUCUGCUAAGGCAGAAAUAAUGAAAGAUGUAAAAUAAAUUAUCCGUUAUAUAGUUUA